AUGGCGCUCGCGAAGGCGGCGUUGAAGCGAGGCGAGGCCGCGUUGGCGAACGGCGAUACCGCGACGGCGAUCACGGAGAUGUCCAAGGUGGAACGACUGGUGCCGAGGGAGUACAAAUUGAAUCAACGCGCGUGGUUGGCGCUCUCCGAGGCGCACAAAAAGGCGGGCGACGGCGACGGGUACUUGGAGUAUAAGAAUAAGACGUGGUGGUGGGGACGAGGAUUACGCUGGCCGGGAUGGUACAUCAUCGCCUACCUGAGCGCUCGGAGCGCGUACUUUGACGCGAAGGAGGAGGAAGCGACGUUUACCAUGAACGAGGCGUUGCUCAUCGCACCGCUCUGGGUGGGCGGAUUAUACCUGCUCGUCACCUACGGACUUCCCGAUUAUUGA